AUGAAACUACCAUCCAUCUCUACGCCCUCCACGCCAGUCUGCUUUCCUCACAGCACGCCUGCUGCCCGGCAGAGCUGCUGCCUGGUGGUCACUCCAAUGACGUUUCCCAACAUCUCCGACUCGGCCCGGCUGUGGACCAGCACCCAGAACAUCCCCAGGCUGAACCCUUUACAUCCGCCGAUGGUCCACAAGCGCACCGUCAGCCUGGAAACGCCAGCUGUUCACCACCACAACCACCAGAGGACACUGAUCAUGCAGAGAAGAGAGCAUUACAGGUACCAUCAGGUGUGGCGAAAACCUUUUUAUGGAAGCAGCAGUGAGAGAGAGGAAUACAGGAAGGAGCUGCGAGAGCAGCUAAAGAGGCAGAUCGAGGAGAAAUGCACCGCUCUGAAGCAGCAGCUGUCCACCAGGGUGCAAGAGGCCGAGCAUCUUCAGGAAGUGGACCGGCUCGCCCUGUCGAGCGAGAGAGAGCAAAGGAUCCGGCACAGCAAAGCCAUGUCUGCAUACAGAGACGAAAACAAGAGGCUAAUGGAGCAGAGCUGGAGGGACCGAGCACUAACGCGUUCCCAGGAGGCCCUGAAGGAGCGAGAGCUGCUGCGCCUCAACCCCAUUAACUGGAGUGGAACGCUGAAAUAGACCGAGCCUCCUGCAGAAGUCAAAACCUCACACUCAGGCCGCACUCCUGCUCUUCAGUAUGCAUGACUGUCAGAGGGAAACAAAAUCCAACGGUGUGACCACGGUGCCAUAACUAUUUCCUGCAAGAUAUCAUAUUCAAGAGGUUUUGAUGAAAUGUGUUGAUUUUUAAGUUUUCAGUGGUGUUGAGAUGCAGUAUGUGUACAUGUUACACACAAAAUUGGCAUUAUAAGAAAAACGUCUCUAAAUAAAUCUCACAACUACUGAAUCACAUUAGACAGCAGAAGUGCACACAAAGAAGUAGUCGUUCUAUAAAACAUAUCACAGAACUGAAACUUUCAUCUGAAUGGGAGUAGUUUGUCUUUUGAGUUUGGUUGUACAAGAGGAUCAUUGAAAGUUUGUUCAUGGUUUGAUUAAGUUAAUAGAGUUCUGUUCAUGCGCUUCAUUUCUGGCUGCUGCCAUUUGGAUUCUACUACUCUGUUGCAAACAGUAAAGCAACACGGGCCCAAAACAUCCUGAAGUCAGACAGAGACGGACGUCCAGACGACAGCCUCCUCUCAGCAGAUCUUUGGUGGACAGCCUGAUGUGGGAAUCCCCGACGCCGUUUUAACUCCGUCAAACAUUUUACAAGUUCUGGCCUCGUAAAAGUGCAGCCGCGAUGCCACAAGACACGCUCAGCUCAGCAGGGAGGGUUGAUGUGGAAGUCGUCAAAGUUUUGUUACAUAAUAAAAGUGGUUAUU